AUGUCGUUCCUCCUGCGUGCUUCUGCCUCGCGCAUCCCCCAGCGCGCCCUCUUCGCCGCCUCGUCCCUCCGCCAGAGCUCUUCUGCAGCUACUGGCAAGGGUACCACGUCCCUCAACUCCAUCCUCAUCGCCAACCGAGGAGAGAUUGCUCUACGUGUGGGCAGGACUGCCGGACAGCACGGCAUCCGUGUGACGACCCUGUAUACAGACCCUGACGCUCACGCACAGCAUGCCUUGAGCUCGCCGUUUGCCUUCAACCUGGGCGAAACCUCGGCCUAUCUGGAUGGAGAUCGUAUAAUCGAGAUUGCCAAACGGGAGGGAUGCAAGGGAAUACAUCCUGGCUAUGGAUUCUUGAGUGAGAAUGCAGGCUUCGCGAAGAAAUGCACAGAUGCCGGUCUUAUCUUCAUCGGACCACCACCUUCAGCCAUUGACGCCAUGGGUGACAAGAGUCGCUCGAAGGAAAUUAUGACUGCCGCCGGCGUUCCCUGCGUCCCCGGCUACCACGGUACUAACCAGGAUGUUAACUUCCUAGCCGCUGAGGCCGAGAAGAUCAAGUAUCCCGUCCUCAUCAAAGCCGUCAAGGGUGGUGGCGGUAAGGGUAUGCGUAUCGCCCGUAGCGCUGCCGAAUUCCAGGACCAGCUCAAGUCAGCCAAGUCGGAAGCCAUGAGCUCCUUUGGCGACGAUAACAUGCUUAUUGAGAAAUACAUCACCACUCCACGUCAUAUCGAAGUGCAAGUGUUUGCAGACCAGCACGGAAACUCCGUCGCCCUCGGCGAGAGAGACUGCAGUGUCCAACGCCGUCAUCAGAAGGUUCUCGAGGAGUCGCCAGCACCACAUCUGCCAGAGGCUACGAGAAAGGAUAUCUGGGACAAGGCCAGAGCUGCGGCCUUGGCUGUUGGCUAUGAAGGUGCCGGUACUGUCGAGUUUAUCUUCGACAACGACACCGGCGAGUUCUUCUUCAUGGAGAUGAACACUCGAUUGCAAGUCGAGCAUCCCGUUACUGAGAUGGUUACGGGCCAGGAUCUCGUGCACUGGCAGCUUCUUGUCGCAGAGGGAUCUCCUCUUCCUCUCACCCAGGAAGAAGUUGAGGCUAAGAUGGCCACCAUGGGCCACGCCAUCGAAGCUCGAAUUUACGCUGAGAACCCAGAGCAGAACUUCGUGCCUGACUCUGGUAAGCUGAUUCACGUCCGCACUCCACAGCCGUCUGAGGACGUCCGCAUCGACGCCGGUUUCGUUGCCGGUGACGAAGUGUCCUCGCAUUACGACCCUAUGAUCUCGAAGCUCAUCGUCCGUGGUGCCGACCGCACCGAAGCCCUCCGCAACCUCACCAUGGCCCUCGAACAAUACGAAGUCGCAGGCCCAAUCACCAACAUCGAGUUCCUCAAGCGUGUCUGCAAGAGCCCCGACUUUGUUGCUGGUGACGUUGAGACUGGAUACAUCGAGAAACAUCGCGAGGAGCUCUUCGCAAAGGAGCCCGUUGAGCCCGAGCUUUGGGCCCAAGUUGCUCUCUCAACUUUCAUCGCAGGAACCAGCGUCAGCAACCCAGCCGGAAACACUGGUGCCGGCGUUGGAUUCAGUCCAGGCUACCAACAGCGCCAGUUCACAUUUGUUGAAGCCACGGCUCCCAAUACUCCCGAAGCCACGCCUGCCACUGUACAGAUCCAGCAAACGGGCCCAUCCAGCUACAACGUCACCAUCAACAACGAGACUACAUUUAGUAACGUCACUGCCUCCCUAUCUGCCGAUGGCAAGGCCCUUACCUCUUUCUUCCCACACACCCGUCUCGAUACCACCGUCAUCCGCGACGAGGAUAGCGCCACUGCCUUCCAGCACGGAAGACAGUACAGGCUCAAAAUCCCCCGUGCUAAAUGGAUGGAGAAGGCACUCGGUAUCAAGGAGCUGACCAACAGCGUCCUCGCCCCGAUGCCAUGUAAGAUCCUGCGCGUGGAGGUGGAGGAGGGUUCAGUAGUGGAGAAGGACCAGCCUCUGGUCGUUAUUGAGAGUAUGAAGAUGGAGACCGUCAUCAGGAGUCCCAUCAAGGGAGUUGUAGAGAAGAUCGUGCAUAAACAGGGGGAUAUCUGCAAGGCUGGCACUGCACUGGUCGAGUUCGCGGCUGAGCCGGAAGCCCCUGAGUCCUCGUAA